AUGGAGCUGUACUCCUUUGUUCCCUCACGUCUCUGUCGCCGCAGAGACACGCUCCCAGAUCAGUGGGGGGCCGUGUGCGCCUGUGUUUUACAGUGGCUGUUUUUGGCACGCUCCCCUCCCUCCGCCAAAGCCCUGGAAGUCAUUAGCGGGCUACAGAGGGGCGCGUGCACCUCGGCCGGGCUCAGGGAUAAGCCUGGAGGUGCAGGAGGUGGAGAUGGAUCUGCAUGCAUCACCUCUCAGGCUUAUGCGCAGGCUUUAAUGCUCCAUGCAGCGCACUGCGACCUGCUCACACGCUCAGCAGAGGAUUUGAAAGACAAAUUACAGCUGCAGAACCGACACAUGGAGCGCUCAGUUCAUCACAGAAAGGUUUAG